UGUAGCCAUGAAUGUCUUUCUGAUUGUCCUUACACUAGCUAUCUCCUUCCUUCUUUUCUUCUUUCUUAGCAAAUUAUUUUUCUCAUCUAAAAGGCAGAGUAGAAAGGUACCUGAAGCGGGUGGUGCAUGGCCGAUUAUCGGCCAUCUCCACCUCCUCAAUGGAUCUCAAAUGUCUCAUAAAAUUUUCAGUCAUAUGGCUGAAAAAUACGGGCCAAUUUUCCGAUUAAAGCUGGGCGUAAAUCAAGUAGUAAUUGUGAGUGAUCACAAAAUAGCCAAAGAAUGUUUCACCACAAACGAUAUGAUUUUUGUAAAUCGGCCAAAAUCUAUAGCUUCAGAGAUAUUAGGCUACAAUUAUGCCAUGUUUGGGCUUGGACCUUAUGGACCGUACUGGCGGAAGAUAAGGAAAAUUAUCACAAUUGAGUUCCUUUCAGCUCGCCGAAUUGACAUGUUUAGCCAUAUUCGAGAAUUUGAAGUAAAAUCAGCUGUUAAACAGACAUAUGAAUACUGUUUGAAGAAUAAGAGUAGUAAUUUACAUGAUGCUGUGAAGAUGGAGAUGAAGAAAUGGUUUGAGAACUUAAUUAUGAACACCAUGUUGAAGAUGCUAUUUGGUGUACGAUACACAG